GAUUUCAGAGCAAAAGCAAUCUUCUAGUUCUGCAGAAUACAAAGAAAGCAUGUUAAAGUUAAAGACCCUCCCACUUUGAUCACCUAUAAAGUGAGUACUGAGAGAGGCACAUUAUCUCAUUCACCUCCAGAUCAAGAUGGAUCUACAGAUCUCAGUUUUUCUUCUGUUUAUUCUUUUCACUGCAGGACACUCUUUCAGCUGUUAUGAGUGCGCAGGUCUGGAAGAUUCUUGUGGAAUUAAAAAAGUAAAAACAUGUCCCAGGGGAUCUUCCAAGUGCAUGAGUUCAACAGCAGUAACACAAGUUGGUGCGAUUAGUGCUAAAUUGAAGGCUAAGGAUUGUGCUGUUGACUGCGCAAGUGGGUCCAUGAACCUCGGCAUUAUAAAGAGGUCUUCAGUGUGCUGUAACACAGACCGGUGUAACCUCCAUGAUGCUCCAGAUCCCAGCAUUGACUCCAAUGGUAAGAAAUGUUACUUUUGUGAUGGGAAGAACUGCUCAAACACAGUGAGCUGUUCAGGGAGUGAAGACCACUGCAUUACAUCAACAGCGAGUUAUGGAGAGUUACUGGUUAUAAAAGGCUGUGCCUCUAAAUCCAUUUGUGAUACCGUAACAUCAGUUAAUGAUGUUCAGAGGACCUCAUGCUGUUCAGGGAACCUGUGUAACGGUGUUCAGAGCGUCACUCAGAGCUUCCUGUUCCUCUGCUGUUCUCUGCUCUCCUUCAUCCUGCUGCACUGAAUCCAGCAGCUCUUCACAUUCUACAAUCAGACACAACGUACUGAAUAUAGAGCUUGUACUUUCUCUGUGCUAUUUAUCCUUUGUGUCCUGAUAUGUUUUUUUUUUGCUGUGACAUUAUGAUGUGACAUUUUAUUAACAACAGAUAACAACAAUUAUCAUAUUCAGUUGCUAUUUAUUUUCAGAUAUAAUAAUCAACACUCGAACGAGAAACAUACAAACAUUUAAAUUGCACAUAAGGCAGGUUGGAUGAAGGCAUAAACUGAUCUCCCUAGAUUAUUAAAUACUGAAAGUGAUUCACAAUAAUGAACUUGAUGAUUUUCAGUCACUUUGACCCAGAAACACAGUUUUAUUCACAUUAGUUCUACUGACUUAAUGAAAAAAAAAGCUAGUUUCAUUUUUCUAAUUAAACAUACUAUGGGGAUUUUAUUUAGCAAUAUACUCCAACAAGCUAAGGACUCUGAAUCAUUUUACUAAGGUAAAAGUAAUGUUCCUGCUCCCCAUUCUCCUUACAGCAGAUCCCAAGACAUUUUAGGAUACUUCUUAAUUGAAUUGACCACAAAAAGGUUUUGACUGACUAAAAUCUCACAAGUGCUAAUAAUCCAAAGAAAUUAUAAAAUUAAGAAGAGCACAGUUAUUCAUUAAAUGUGUUGAGAAAAGAGACAGGGGUCAUUUUACCCCGUUUCACCAUACAUGCCAUAAUUAAGGCAAAGAACAGACAAACAAGCUCAAUAACAGGUAAAAAGAUUAGCAAUAUACUAUACACAUCAGAAUUUAUUUUUAUAAAGUAAGGAGCUACAGAAUCUGAAUGACUUUCCUGAGGUCAAUAUAAUAUUAACCACAAUAUUAAUUUCCACAAUUAAGACACUAAUUUUUCAAAAUCAUUAUUUGAAUUUGCUCAUGUUGAGCGCUGAAAGAUUUAAUUAAUAUUUCUGUUGCACAAAGUAAAUAAAAGAGUGAAAUAUUGAGAAGAAAAAUAAUAAUAAUAUGAUUUUCAGACCACAUUCUAUGAUUUUUUGCCCAGCACUGUAAGAGUCUAUAUGAGCAGAUAUUUCUGCUGCACUGAUAGGUUAUAUUAGAACAUUGAUCACUCUGUAUCCUACUUGCAACUGUUCUACUUAUUUUCCCCCUUUUGGAACUGUUGCAUAAUGCUGGAACUGUACUUUGAAUAAUAUUUCAAACUGCAUUUAGCAAUUUACCACCAGGUGGCCUUUUACACUAUAAGGAGAAAACAAAACAAAAAUUUGCAUUUGUUGACAUCUGGCAUUUGUAGUCUACAGUUCAAUGCAUUUUUUUUUUUUGCUUCAGAAUUGUGUUGUAUGAAUAUGUUGUCAUUGAUAAUGAUCUGCUUCUCACGCAUGCAUGAAUCUGAUCUACAAACAUAUAAAGACCUUCCACAAAUGCAUGCAUUAUAAAUGCACACAUAUAUGAUGUUUUGCAAGCUUAUACAAUACAACCCAUAAAUAUGCAUUAUUUAUGCAUGUGUGUUAUAUGUAUCUAUAAUUUAAUGUACAAAUAAAUGCCUUGUCAUUUAUCUAACCUACAUUGCUUUAGAAAACAUACAUAUAUGGUCUGAUGUGACGUAAAAGUAGCUCAUAAAGUUUUUUUUAACAAAAAUGUACAAAUAUGCUUGUUAUUUUUUUGUACUUUGUGUACAAUUCAAA